AAUAAUAUAGAGAUCAAAAGAUUAAUUAAGAGGGAAUUAAGGGAAGAGAAAUGGCGGAUAUAAAGGGAUCUUCUAAUGCAGAUUGUAAUGACACUUGUGGGUGUCCUUCUCCUUGCCCUGGUGGUCAUUCUUGCAGGUGCAACACAUCGGGAGGAGAGGUGGAGCACAAGAAGUGCUCAUGCGGAGAGCAUUGCGGUUGCAACCCAUGCACAUGCACAAAAAUAGAGGUGAAAGGCACUGGAAAGGACUUCUGCAAAUGUAGAUCUGGCUGCGCUUGUGCUACUUGUGCUGCUUGAGAUAGGAUACUCGAACUAGGAGUAUAUAUGUUCACUGUUCUGCUUCUAAUGUUGUUCUGAUGUCUGGGUGUUUUUAGUUAGACUUGUAGAUUUCUGUAUCUUCAAAAAAAUGUCAUGUUUUUAUUAUGUUUGAUAUCUGAAUAAACAGAGUUACAGUUCUGUACUUGUUUAUGUCAGGAUCGAUAAUACCUGAUUCAAGAUCAAUUUA